AUGCAGGUGUUAGGCCAAUGUAAAUAUCUUGCGCCUGAUGCUGAAAAUUAUUUAGAGGAAGCAAUAGAGAAAGCAAAGAGACUUAUACGGAAUGUACAUCUACUAGAUAAGUUAGUAGCGAGAGAAAAAUUGACAUGUCUUGUUGUUAAUUUGUAUCCUGACAAUGAAGGGUAUUCAUUAAUGCUAAAGGGUAAGAAUGGUUCUGAUUCAGAAACAAUUCGACUUCCAUAUGAGGAAUCUGAAUUGUUGGAUUACUUGGAUUCUGAACAGCUUCCUCCGAUAUUGGUUGAUUUACUGGAAAGAUCACAGGCCAGCAUAUUUUAUGAUGGAUGUGUGAUAGCAGAAGUUAGAGAUUACAGACAGUCAUCCAAUGGAAUGUUUUAUGACAGUCAUCAUGUUUUACUGAGACCUACAUCACAGACAUUGCUAUGUGAUGUUAAUGCCAUAACAAGUGAUGAUAGCAAACACUGGACACAGGAAGAUAAAUUAUUAUUGGAGAGUAAGUUGCUAAUAGCAACCCAAGAUCCGCUGUGUUUAGAUCCAUCCACUAGUGUGUUUUGUGUGGCAAACCAUAUUCAUUAUCAGAAAAAAAAAUUCAACACAAAACCCUUGAAACGAUGCGUAAAGAGGUACACACAAACAAGCAAAAACAGAACUUCCACAAUGAAGACCUGUCCAGCUCCCACGAAUCUAUUUCUCCAUGAUUUUCUUGCGAAGAGGAGAAGUAAACGGCCGACUCCAGUCAUAGAUUUAAAAGUUGCAAAACCAUGUGUGGAUAUGUGGAAACAAAGAGCAGUUAAUUUGAAUCCACCACAAAGCAUAGAUGUUGAGCAGCUUGCAAGGUCACUUGAGAAACCAAGAUUAACAAACGACAACACACCAAUUACAGUUGAAGAAGUGGUUCUUGAGAGGGAAAGGGACAAUAAUAAGAUUUAUCAUGCUCGAGUUACGAUACUGCAGAGACAAACAGAUAUGUUUUAUCUUGGAGAAUUGUAUAUUGAUAGAGACUAUCACCCAGGUGACCCAAGAAGACCUGGCACUAUAUGCAAAUUUCCACUGGGAACUAAAGCGAAUGUCCAAAGGUAUCUGCAGCAAUUCAAAGAUCUAUUUACAGAAGAAGGUAGACGAUCAGUUAAAAUAUCGCACAUUAUUCCGGGACAAGCAUCAUUGUUAUCUCCUACUAUUUCAAUAAAUCAACCAAUUAAUCUUGCACUACUACAACAACAGCAGCAGCAACAACAACAACAACAACAACAGCAGCAGCAGCAGCAACAGCAACAACAACAACAACAACAGCAGCAGCAGCAGCAGCAGGUUGGUGCAGUUCAACAGAUUGCAGUAGCCGGUGCUCCCAAUAUGUAUGUGAAUACAAGCAGUGGUAUGGUAACAACUCUGCAGUCUAAUGGAAAUGCUGCUGCCUUCAAUCAGAUUGCUGUUGGUGGAAGUAAGAAAACCACGCCCAUUAGAGUCCAACUCAACAACCAUGGUAGUCUUAGUUCUAAUAUAUUAAGUCCUACUGGUCAAACUACAGCACAAACAGGUAUAACAUUAACUACACCAACACAGCUUCAGCAACAGCAGUUAUUGGCACAGCAAGCUGUGCUGCAACAACAAUUACAGCUGGCUCAUUCACAGCAACUGCAGCAACAAGUACAGCAACAGCAAUUACAACUACAGCCACAGCAGUUGCAGCCCGGUGUAAUACCAGCAUCAACUGGUAGUAGAAUACCUGGUAGACAGACUAUUCAAUUCAGUAGAUCCAGUAGUGCCCCUGCUGCUACAUUAUCAUCAGCUUCUAUUCCUGCAAAUACAUUUACUGCUGUUACAGUAGCAGGCCAGCUACCCUUGUACCCAAUUACAACUUUGAAGUCACCUCCCCCACCUCUGGUGAAGUCUGUUACUACUACCAAUGCCACUUCACUCACUCGGAGAACAUCCUCCUUGACAGAUGGGCAGUCUCCAAUCAGUAUGCAAGUUAGUAUUGGAGGACCGACUACAGUUGUAACAAGUGUGGCACAACAAGGAAUGACUGGACAGUCUGGUAGUAUGGGUCCUCCUCCAACACCUCCUACUGUGUCAACCCCAGCACCGCUAACACCAACUUCAGCGUCUACACCAACAAGAGUUUCUACACCAAACCGUGAACCUAAUAGGACCACAACACCAACCAGUAGUCUAUCCCAGCAGGGGAGCCUAACACAGAACAUCACUAUGACCAUGCCGUCUGGUAUUACAGUUCCCAUAACAGUCAGUUUGGCUGCAGGUAUGGUCCCGUCUGCAUCAGGAAUAUUCACAACACAAUCUGGAGGGAUGACCGCACUGACCGGAGUAACCACCCCAACAAACAUAAUGACUUUACCUCAGUGUGUGACAACCACAGCAUCUGGUGUGAUAAGUACACCUACUGGUGUGAUGACAGCUCCAAUCAACAUAAUAAGUGGUGGACAGGCAGUUGUUGGCAGCACUGGUACCCCUAUUAAUAUAACUGGUGGAACUACAGCUAGUCUUAGUCCAGCCAACCUAGCACAUUUUAUGACAAGUUUAAAGAAUAGUCAAGGCAUACGAACAGGGGCUACAUCUGCACCACUCUCCUUAUUACAGCAACUGCCAAGUAAUUUUUUGCCCAGAAUACCUGGAAUGACACAAAUUGCAUCGCCAAUAACUUCAGCCAUUGGACAAAAACAAGCAGCUCAACAGGUACAAGGACAACAGCAACAACCCAUAAUUUAUAGUCCAACUCUACAACAAAGAAAUGCUAUAAAUGCUGCAUUACAACAACAGCAGAUGCAAUUUACACAGCAAGCACAGCAGUCAGCAGGAACACUACAGCAGCAGCAGCAGAAAGUACAACAGUUGAAACAAGCACACUUACAACAACAACAUCAAACUGUCGAAGUGACUCAUCAAGGUGAUUUACUGCACCAGAGUCAACCAUCACCACAACAAAGUCAAGUUACUGUUCAACAGCAACAACAACAACAACAAUCACAACCACAGCAGCAACAACAACAACAACAACAGCAGCAGCAACAACAACAGCAUCCAACAAUGAAGAUCAAACUAUCCCCAGCUCUGUCACCACAGAGUGUUGCAGCACCAGUUGCAACUACUACAGGCGUUACAGCAUUAUCGCAGCUUACAUCCACUGUUAAUAGAACAGCACAGGGGCUACAACCAGGACGACUGCACUUACAGGCAGUAACACCACAACAACAACAGUUGGCUGCCAUGGCAUAUCAGCAACAGUUGCAGUUGCACCAGCAUCUACAAAUACGGCAACAACCAACUCAGCUGCAACAAGUGACACUUGCUCAACCAACUCUCCAACAGGGUCAGUUGCCAAAAGCCAAGGCAAGGAAACGAACAACGCCCACUCCCCCAAAAACUUAACCCCCACCUUCCCUAAUAGCGAAUAAUCAAUUAUGCCAUGUGAUUGUCUUUUUGAACUCAAUAUGAACCUACAAUACGUCUUUUCUAUAUUAAUAGCGUUUCUGUGACAUAAAUAAGGAUAAACAGACGCCAUUCAGAGCGUUGGUUUCAUGUGGUCAUCCAUAAAUAAGAUACAUUACUUGAGGGAUUUGCUACAUAACAAAUGGAAAAUUACUGCAGCCAAUCACAGUUGUCUAUUUGAAAGACAUUGCAUACAUUAUGUCACUAGAGGGCGUGAUUUAUCGAGAAGGAGUGAAAGGCAAUAACAAACUUCAAUUUGACUGUAUCAGUUAGUUAGAUGCUCGCAACUUUGCAUGACAUGAUGGUGUCGUUCUGUUGAACGCUCACGAUUUAGAUCAUUUCUUUAUCAUACAAGGUGUGGGUAUCCAUUUCUUUUCUCCAAAUGAUUCACGAUCGAGAAAAUACAAAGUUAUUUUGUUAUACGUGUGAUUUCAACACAUUAUUUUAAAUAAUAAUCAUUGUGCAGUUUGCAAAACAAAUCCCCUGGCUGGACCUGUUACAUCGCAGUUGCAUGACAUUCUGAACAUGGUCUGUUCUGAACUACGUUGUUUUCAGUGGAUUUCUGUCUAUGACCAUAUCUGUAAUGCACUGUUUUUGUACAGAACACCAAACUAACAAUGUCCGCUCAUGUUUACUAAAUGAUCCGUUAAUGAAUGAUUUACAUGAUUCUGAUCAGUCCAUUUUCCUACCAGGUACAACUGACUUACAAGUUACCAUGGAUACACAUGUUUUGUCAAAUUUCAGCGGCAAAAAAUUAAUUUUUUGAUAUUACUCAUACUAUUGACAAUGCAGAUGCUAUAAUAUUUACAACUCACUGUGCUGAACACUUAUGUGAAAUACAAAAUGCCUGUCAAAUAAACAGCACCAUCAAGUCUAGAUAAAAUCAAUGUGUUUUACAUAGUUGUAACCUGCUGUAAGAAUGACAAGCAAGUAAAACCUACAUAUCCCAGUUUUAGCAGAAGCAAUUUUCACUAUGUUGUUGCAACAAUCUAUUUAUAACAGUAAAUUAAUUCAUGAUCAUGAAAUUUGCACAACAAUGACAUAUGAAUCAGAAUGUGUUUUUAAUGAAUGAUGGCACAGGGAGUGUUUGACUCCCACAGAUCAAGCGAAGUACAACUGAUGUCGGCUGAUCUCACUGAUAGUCUUGUGUCUUACAAGUGUUUGGGACAUGAUGAAAGACAUGUUAUCCCCGACUCUCCACAAUAUUGCUCCAUCUAAUGUGACUACUGAAAAUGUAAUGGAAUUAUCACAGCUGUAUAUAUGUGUGUGUUUUCAAUUGUUUCUCUGCCAUCUCAAACUUUUGAAUGUCAAAGACAUUAAAUCUAGAUGGUAAUUGUAUAAUUUUUCAUGAAUUAUUCCUUAAUAUUUUAACAUAAUAGGUUGAAUUUUGAUGUGAAAUAUUCUUUAACUGUGGUAUUUCUUAGUCUACAAUGUAUUUUAUUUUUGUAAUACUAUAGUGUUU